AUGGAUGAUGAUAAUAAAGCUGGUCCAAGCGAAUAUUCCGUGCCGAAGUGGCGGAAUAAAAGAUUGACAUCUGCCGAGUUGAGAGCCGCCCUAGAUGAUUCGGAAUCGGAAGAAGAGCCAUACACUGCGUCUGACGAGGAUGAAUAUGUGCCGGAACUGGAAGCUAUGGAUUCUGAAGAGUCAGAUUCAGAAAAAAAUCCUGUAGUUGAGGAAGAAGAGUACUAUGACUCUGAUGACGAAGAUGAAGAAGAAUCGCCCAUAGAGUCGAAUUUAUUGAGUAAAGAUGGCACUCAAUGGUACAGGGAUGCAUUUCCGCAAGCUCAGACAGUUCGUCGCAAUAUUUUACGUCAAAAACCUGGAGCAGCAAAUUACACCGCAUCCUACUCGGCAAAAGAAAUAUUCAAAAUAAUCAUUUCUACGGAAAUGUGUGAUAUUAUUCUAAGGGAAACCAACCGAAAAGCCCAAAAAGUAACGAAUGAUUAUAACAGAAAAAUAAUGGCUAAAAACCGGCGAUUUCAAAAAAACUUUCAAUCGUUUACUGAAAUAGAAUUUGAUGCAUUUCUGGGAAUACUUCUUGCAGCUGGUGUACAUAGAUCUAAUAAAGAACAUAUUUCCGAAAUGUGGAAGUUAGAAUCUUUGCCUCUGAUACGAGCGGCUAUGUCUCGUGACCGAUACAAAAUGUUUUUGAGAUUCAUUCGAUUUGACAAUGAAAGCACACGUAAUGAACGUGCAAAAACCGACAAAGCUGCGCCAAUUCGCGACAUGUGGAUGAUGGUAAUGAAAAUUUGA